GAGAAUCCAGCGUCAUUAAUCACUACACUACCUGUCGGCCCCCUGAUGGACAGAGUUUUUACAACUUGAACAUAUGUAAGUAUUUCAAUCAUUAAGUUUCACUAAAUGUAUAUUAUUUGUACCAUUAAGGUCAACCUAUCUGUUAAUAUAAACAACAGAACUUUUAGAAGAUAUUUAUCAGUGGGAAAGGUUUAUAAAUACUAUGAAGAGGUACAUAUCCAACAAAAGCUAUUUUAAUUAAAUACAUGUAUUUUUCUCUCUAGGGUCUGUUAAACUCUAAAAAAUACAUCUUUCAGAUGGAAAGAGAAUGACUCCCAAUGACUUGGCAAUGGGGAUUUUCUUCUUCUCACAAACUGGAGUGGGGCUCCUGGGCAAUUCCUCACUUCUGUUUCAUUAUAGUUUGUCUAUAUUCACUGGAAAGAGUUUGAUGCCCAAAGAUCUUAUUUUAAAGCACCUGACUUUAGCCAACUCCUUGGCUAUUAUCUCAAGAGGAAUUCCUCAGACAGUGGCAGCAUUUGGGUUGAAAUAUUUCCUGGAUGACACUGGAUGUAAACUUUCUUUCUACCUUUAUCGAGUAUCCCGGGGAAUUUCUCUGUAUACUACUUGCCUUCUGAGUUGCUUCCAAGCAAUGACAAUCAGCCCCAGCAAUACCAAAUGGAUGGAACUUAAACAUAGAGCCACAAAAUACAUUGGUCCCUCCUGUUUACUCAGCUGGCCUGUGCAACUGCUUGUAAACAUUAUAAUUCCCAUGAGAGUGACAGGCCCUUGUAACAACAGAAAUGUCACUCAGACAUUGAAUUUUGGAUACUGCACAGGGUUUGUUUCUGGCACAAUUACAACUCUACUGUAUGGGUUCAUGCUCUGCUUCACUGAUGUUCUAUGUUUUGGUCUCAUGGCCUGGGCUAGUGGCUCCAUGGUGAGAAUCCUCUAUAGACACAAGAGGCAAGUACAGUAUAUUCACAGUACCCACCAUUCCCCAAGGCUCUCGCCUGAGACUAGAGCCACUCAAACCAUCUUGAUCCUGGUGUGCACCUUUGUCACCUUCUACUCACUCUCUUCCAUCUUAGUAAUUUAUAUAGCACUCUUUGAUAAUCCACAGCUAUGGCUGAUAGAAAUCAUUGCCCUUGUGGAAACCUGUUUCCCUACUUUAAGCCCCUUUGUGCUCAUUAGUAAUAAUUCUGCCUCUAGAUUCUAUCUUACAUGCCGGGGGAAAAGUUAGUUUUCUAUGAACUUGUCACAAGGUCUGAUGGUUUGAAUUUUUUGACAUAUUCACAUAUUCAUUCAUCCAUUAAGUAAGGCUAAGCCUCUACUGUACUCAGACACUAUUAAGUAAUUCAAUGACAUAAUAAGUUAGACAUAGUCUCAGUCCUCAUAGCAUUGCAACAUAUUUCAGUGAUCCUAAGACACACCCUUUUCUUCAUUUUCAACUUUAUUUUUAAAUUUGACCAGAGAGGGACAGAGAGAGAAG